AUGAUUGCGGAUACGUACGGCAAAAAGUCCGAUCUUCCUGUCCACCAUGGAAAGCUAGCGCCGAAGACACCUUCCAGAGGCGCUUUCCGAAGACUAUACCAAAUCCUCGGUGCGAUAGCCACCAUUGCUCUUCUUGUGUUCUACUUCACCCGCAAACAAGAUUUGCCAGAGGUUAAAAGCCAUGAAGUCUACACCGUUACCGCAGACGGUGUGAGGAAGGGGGGGUUAGAUGGAGUCCAGAGUGAAGAAGAUUUGGACAAGCUCUACCAUUCUACCGUAGAGUUCUACGACUUGAACGACUACCAGGGAACUCACGAUGGGAAUGCGGAUGGCGACGUGGUGUUGUUUUGCAUGCCACUCCGCAACGCCGAGGCGAUUCUUCCAACCAUGUUCAAACACAUUAUGAACCUCACGUAUGCGCACGAGCAGAUCGACCUCGCGUUCUUGGUGAGCGACUGCUCGGACGAUGAUGACACGUUGGGUGCGUUGUUUGACUACACCGUUUCGCUUCAGGCGGGGAAGCUUGGCGAAAAGUUGUAUGCUGAGGAAACAGAGGCGAAGAAAAAGAGCGUGAAGGGCUCCAGCGAUUUGUAUCUCAACUAUAUGGACCCGGACUAUGUGGAGCGGGUCCAGAACGCGUUCCAGCCGCCAUUCCACGCGGAGUAUUCAAAGCCGUUUAGAAGCGUGCAGAUUUUCCACAAGGACUUUGGUCAGCUGAUCGGCCAAGGCUUCAGCGACAGACAUGAUGUGAAGGUGCAGGGCAUUCGGCGCAAGUUGAUGGGCCGCGCGCGCAACUGGUUGGUUUACAACGCGUUGAAGCCGUACCACUCGUGGGUCUACUGGCGCGACGUGGACAUCGAAAUGUGCCCGGGAGAUGUCAUCCAGCACUUGAUGAAAUUCAACAUAGACGUGAUUGUGCCCAAUGUGUGGCGCCCGCUCCCUGAGUUCUUGGGAAACGAGCAACCGUACGACUUGAACUCGUGGAUUGAAAGCGAGCAAGGCUUGGAGUUGGCCAAAACCCUUCAAGAGGAUGAUGUGAUCGUGGAAGGCUACGCCGAGUAUCCCACCUGGAGGGCCCAUUUGGCAUAUAUCCGCACGAAGGACGGGAAUCCCGACGAGUUGAUUGCGUUGGACGGGGUGGGCGGUGUUUCCAUCUUAGCGAAGGCCCGUGUGUUCCGCCAGGGCGCUAUGUUCCCCGCGUUCACAUUCGAGAACCACGCCGAGACUGAGGCCUUUGGAAAGUUGGCAAAGCGCAUGGGCUUCAUCGUUGGUGGGUUGCCUCACUAUACCAUCUGGCACAUCUACGAACCCAGUGAAGAUGAUCUCCAAGAGAUUGCUCGCAAGGAAAGAAAGAGGAGGCACCAGCGGAAGGGAAAACAAAAUUAG